AUGUCUUGUGAAUCGCGAAUAUGUGCAGGAUGCUUGAAAAAAAUUGAUAAUAAUAAAUAUAUCAAAUGUUGUCUGUGUAACCAAACUUAUGAUGCAGUGUGUGCUAACGUCUCCGAAAAGAAGAUUAACUCAAAGGAUACUAAAAAUAUUUGGAAGUGUCAAGCGUGUAAAAAUAAGCAACCUAAAAUUUGCAAUACAAAUACUCCAAUUAGAACGAUAUUCGCCUUUGAUGAAGGACAGAAAGACGUCUUAUCCGAAUCUCAUGACUCAAAUAUAACUACGCGUAAACCAAAAUCAUUUAACUCACCUUCCAUUUCCACUAGCACAAGCUUAGAUGACAACGCCAUUGCAGCUAUUCGAUACCAAGUCUUGGAAGCAAUAAAAAUAGAAAUUCCAACAAUGCUAUCGAAGGUAAUAAAAAGUGAACUAUCUACACUAUCACAAGAGGUUCAUGAUUUAUGCAAAUCAGUUAGUUUCCUCAGUGAAAUGCAUGAUGAAAUGAAGGUAAAAAUCGAAGAGUUGUCUAAUGAUAAUAAAAGUCUACGGAAUGAAAACUCCGUACUUCAAACAACCGUUACUGAUUUAUCCGAUCGUAUCAAUAUUUUAGAGCAACACCUUCGACAAGAAAACUUAGAAUUGAAUGGUAUACCCGAACAUUAUAAUGAAAAUAUCCCCAACAUAAUUCAAAAAUGUGCCAAUGUUAUUGGUCACAAUAUAGCGGAUGAUGAUAUUGUUCAUUUCACGAGAGUAGCUAAACAAAACAGAAAGAGUGAAAAGCCUCGUUCAAUCAUAAUAAAGUUUAAAAAUAUUAGACGACGUGACGAAUUUUAUUCAGCAGUUUACAGAUAUAACAAAACUCAUCCAGAUAACAAACUUAAUACCUCUUUGAUCGGAAUGUCCAACGAGAAGAAGCCAGUUUAUGUUUCCGAGCAUCUUUCUCCUGCUAACAAAGCUCUACAUGCUGCUGCUCGUCAAAAGGCUAAAGAAUUACAGUAUAAAUUCACAUGGGCUUUUACUCAUUUUACAGGAGCCGUAUUCGCUACGUCAAGGUAUGGGCAGCCAGUAAUUCAGAUAGGGAUUCAUCGUUUUAACAAAAAGUACUCAGAUUCUAAAGGCGAGAGGAUCAGAUGGGUGUGCGUGCGCGCUCACAAAGGAAUUAAAAAGCAACGACCAAAGAAAAAAGUGAGUAGAGAAGAAUUUUUAGAAAAGAAAAAAAUAGCUGAAAGACUUCGAUACGAGAAAAUAAAGCGUGACCCCGAAAGAUUAGCAGUUCUUAGAGAAAAAGAGAGACUAAAAUAUUUGAAGAAGAGGGAAAGCGGGCAAAGAAAAUUAGUAUCGGAGAUGUCACCGUACGAAAGAAAAAUAGCCCAAGCUUCUACGGAAGUUGUAAAAUGUUUUAUGUUUUCAUCUUCAUACUCUACAAAUAAUACGGAUAACGAGGAAGACGAUCUUUUAGAGGAAAUUAUAAAUUCUUCAAGUAUAGAAGAAACUAAAAAACUUGAGUCAUCUGCGACUCGAAAAUAUAAUAGGAAGAAACGAAGAUCUUAUCCGGACACUUGGAAACAGAAUAAGCUCAAAUAUUUAAGAAACACUGGCCAAGCGUAUGAAAGAAAGAACUCGGUAGUGCAAGCAAGGUGUGUAAAACCACCGUGUCCAGCCAAUUGUCGUUUAAAAUGUACUGAAAAUAUAUCUAAUCAUGAACGACACCAACUUUUUAAAGAAUAUUGGAAUAUAGGAAAUAUAAAUCGUCAAAGACAAUAUAUUUAUGAUAGAAUUGAAGAAAUACGGCCAACAUACAGAUACACGUUGACUCAGACUAGACGAAACUUCAAUCAUUCUUAUUACUUUUAUGUGAGGGAUCAAAAAAUUAGAAUUUGUAGAAAUUUUUUUAUUGGUACAUUAGAUAUAACCACGAGAGCGAUAAGAACAGUUAUCGCCAAAAAGACACCAACUGGAGUAGCAGAAGAUAUGCGAGGUAAAAAUGUUGCUCAGUUUGUGAUAUCGUCACGUGGCAAUAAAAUGCUUCUAUUAGAUGGAUACAAAUUUAGCCUUUCAAAAACACGUCAAAGUCAUUUAUUAAGAUGGGUGUGUACUCACUGUGGAAGAGGAUGCAGAGCUUCAGUUACUACACUAGAUAAUGUUAUAAUUAGAGUUAGAAAUGAGCAUAACCAC